AUGGAGCUAAAUCCACUGGAAUGUAUAGAAUGUCAGAAGGAAAUUGAGAAUCCCAUUUUAUUGCAAUGCCACCAUACAAUUUGCCGCAAAUGCCUUCCUUCGGCAGCUCCAAACGGGUUGUGUCGAUCCUGUCCAGCUCAAAACCAUACGAAACCUUAUACUCCACAUACGGACAAACUGGCAGCAUUUUUACUCGAUGCCUCGAAAGAAGCUAUGGAUCAGUGCGCAAAUUGCGAUCGAGCAAAACCUUCAAUGUUCUAUUGCGAAACGUGUCAACAAUCAUUAUGCAUAGAUUGUCGACAAAUAACACAUCAAGCCAAAAUGUUUGCUUCACAUAAAAUUAUCAAUAAUGAAGAAAGAAGCAAAGUUUAUGGAAGUAGUACGUGCAAAGAGCACGGUGAGCCGUAUAUCUUAUACUGUUCCGAUGUUCGAAAACUCGUUUGCAUUCAAUGCUUUAAUGGAAGACCAAUGGAAGAAAGACAUAGUUUCAUAUCGAUCGAUCAGGGACAUCGAUUUGCGGUUGAGAAAAUCGAGCAAGCCGCUGCAAAAUUGAGAUUCUAUCAAUCUGAACGACAAGAAGAACUUUAUGUUAGGAAAAAACUGUUGGAUGAAAAUCAAGCGAAUUUCGAAGAAGCGAAAAACGGAAUUUAUCAACUAUGUCAGCAAAUUAUUGACACUGUGAUGGCAACGCGUGACAAAUUGACAAGAAAUUUGGAGAAAUGCAAAGAGGAAAGAAGUGAGAUGUGCUCGAAGCAAAUUGCUGAAAUUGAGGCUUUAAUGCAACCUGUCCGACUUUGUCUACUUUCAUCCCAGUUUAUGUGUACAACUGCUUCAAAACUUGAUGUAUUACAACUUAACGGAAUUCUAAUGAAAAGAAUUAAUAGUAUUAUGGAUCGAGGCAUUGACAAACUUCCAAUAACUAGCACUCCAUACAACUUGGAAGUUCGGACGGAAGUCGCGAAGGCCCUCGAACCUUUUCUUGGUUUAUCAGCGGCUUGGUGUCCAAUAAGCGCUAGAGAAACUUCUAGAGAAGGAAGUUCUUCAAAUUCUUAUAAGCGAGGAGCUGGAUCGUACCCGGUUUUGAGCAAAAUUCAAGCAACUAUUGAUUUAGCCGGUGCUUUUGGACAACUUUUCGGAAAAGUCGAACAUCCUGUUCGCCAACUAGUCACGGAACUUGCUGUAACCGGACAACAAGUUCUAGAAAUUCAACGGGAUUUAACAACUCGAAGAUGCAUUAUUGAAAGCGAUGUCGUCGAAAAACUGGUAAAAUCUUGUAAGAAGAUCGAAACUGAUCUCGGAAUGCAUUCGGCUGCUCUCGAUGGAAUGCAAAGCGAAAUGCAGGAAAUUUGGCAGGAGCAACUCGACCGAGUUCGACGCCAACAAAUCAUUUAUCGCGAAAAGGUUGAAGAGAUUCUAUCGCUUCGGGAAACUGCUCGACAAAUCUUGAUUUCAUCGAAACAAAUCGCACCUUAUGUUUCAUGCAUUUUGAGCAUGAACGCGAUGAUUGACCCAAAACGUUGUCAUCCACCAGAUCCCGCUCCGAUGGAAAGUAUUUGUUUGGAGAUUAGUGGAAUCGAACCGAACAGUGCUAGCAGAAUUCAAGCAAUCGAGAAAGAAGAAGAGAAUCGACGACUGAAUCAAGAAGCGAAGAAGAAGGAAGAAAUCGCAGAACAGAACGCCGUUGUGAAAUCGCUAAAACAUGGAAAAACUAAGAAGAAUUGCCAAUUUCGAUUACUAGUGAAUACAAACCGCGAAAGAAGUCCGGGUGGAACUGAUGGAAAUUUGAUUAGCCCAUGCAUGAAACGGUUUUCUUCUAGUACUGUUCGCGAGGAGACGAAUUCGGAAUUAGACGCUGAGGAAUAUCUUGAUGAAUCAUUUGAACUCAGCGUAGAUCCAAGUGAAGAUGCUGCCGAUGGAAUUUUAAUGGAAGAGGCGAGAUGCAGCUCGGCUCUACUCUUGUCCAUUGAACGCCCAUCUUCUGCUGCUUCUCUUCCUUCUCUCGAUCAGCUUCUCGGUCGAGCACCUUUGGCAACAAGAGUCACUCAGAAUGUUGGGUUUUGUCGCGAUGCCAUGCUUCAAAGUCUAAAUGAUGUCUUCGCACAACAAAAACCGCCAACACCGGAGAAUAUAACGGUGUCCGAAGAGAAUAAUGUUCUUGCAUCGGCGGUUCGAAAUUCAGAAAAGCUGAAAAAUAAGGACUCGACUGGAGAAUCGUUAGAAAUUUCAGAUGAUUUUGGACCAAAAGAUGUUAAAAGUAAGGGAAAAAUUAUUGAGGUUCGUCGUCGAGUUAAACGGAAGAAUCAUGAAGAAAAACGUUCUAGUAUCGAAGGAGAUAUCGAACAAUUCGAGAAACCAAUGAGCGCCCCUCCAGCAGUCCCAUAUGUUCCACAAGAUCUUCUUGAUCAUUUCGGAGAUGAAAAACUUGGAUCUUUUGAAGCAAAGGAAAGGAUGCUGCAAAUGUUAAAAGAAAAAAUCCGAAUGGAAAAGAUCGACGCUGAGGAUUCUGAAUGA